AUGAAGAACUGUCACAAAGAACCCGAGUUCCAAAUCCGCGAUAUCCCCAGUCUUCGGGGCUACAUCGCCAUCGUUACAGGCGAACUCGCCACUGACUAUCUAGGCAACUCCGGUAUUGGCUAUGAAACAACACUUCAACUCGCCCUCAAGGGCGCUAGAGUCUACAUCGCCAGCCGCUCAAGCGAACGCGUCAACAAGGCUAUCUCUGAGAUGCGACAAAACAGUCCCGACUUAGACCUUCACUUCCUCAUGCUAGACCUCCAAGACCUUCAGAGCAUCAAAAAUACCGCUGCCGAUUUCAUGAGUCGCGAAAAUCGCCUUGAUCUGUUGAUCAACAACGCUGGUAUCAUGGCCAGUCCCUGGCAAUUGACAAAGGACGGCUUUGAAGUCCAAUGGCAGACAUGCUUCCUCUCCCAUCAUGCUCUCACUAUGUCAUUGAUGCCUCUCCUCGUCGCCGCCGCUCAAACCAGUGGACGCAUGGACCGUGUGAGAGUCGUUAAUGUUGCUAGCGACAUGGCUUUCAGAAUGGGACCGGAAGCCAUCAAUUAUCAGGAUCCCAAUCUCACCGAUGUCACUGGACAACUAGCACCAUGGAGAAGAUAUGGCCACUGCAAGCAGGCCAGCAUCAUUGCCGCCAAAGCGAUUACAGAACGCUACCAACCUCUCGGUGUAACAGCUUACUCUCUUCACCCAGGUCUCAUCAAGUCCGGUCUGCAAUCUCACUCGAAUAACAUCUUUGGAGCCAUGACACGUGUCGCCAUGAAAGUCGGCCCAACAUCCACACCACUCGAAGGAUCAAUGAACUCGCUCUUCUGCGCCACAAAUUCGCAAGCCUACGAGCACGCUGGAAGAUAUUACGUUCCGGUUCAGAAGCUGGAUGACAAGGCCAAUAAGUGGUUGGAUGAUCCUCAGGCUGUUGGUAGGCUUUGGGACUUGGCGAGCAAACAAUUGAAGGAGCACGGGUUUGUUUUCGAGGACUUGCCUCGUUAUUAUGCAUGA